CUAUUGCAGCUUUCCGUGCGAUCAUGGAGAAUGCCAAGCCAAGAAGAUAGACGCUCUUUCUCUCUCUCUCUCUCUCUCUCUCCAUAUGCGCACCUUCUUCCGACUUCUCUUUCCCAAUCACAAUCAUGAUCGCACCUACUCCCUCACCAUUACUACUCACUCUCCUCCUUGUAUAAUACAUAUAUAUAUCUUCACUCUCCGCUACCCAGACCAACAGUUCACCACCACUCCGGUGCUUUUCUGUUACAUUUUUCUGAAUACUUUUUUCGUCCUGUUGUCAAUGGCGUCCUCAGAUGAAGAGGGUGAGAUUGUGCCAAACUGUGUCACAGAUUACCUUUUUGUUAAUGAUAAGGAAGAGCUUGUUUCGUUUACUACCUUGCCACUCCUAUGGAGUCCGAAUGAGAGUCUGGUUCAGACAGAUAUAGGUGUUUUCUUGCUUGCUAGUGUUGAUGACGGGCUUCAAAAAAUUUACAAGAGGGUUGUGGCUUGGAGGUUUGACCUGUCAUUUGUGAAACCAGAGAUUUAUGUGCUUUCCAAGGACAAGAAUUGGAUAGUGCUCCAAAAGCCAAGGAAGUGUUUUGAAAAUACGAUCAGGUCGAUACUGGUUACCAUUUAUUGGCUUCAUUUUCUGAAAAAGAAUACUGUGGCAUCGAGGAAAUUUGUUUGGAACUACUUGCUUAAAGCUCUUAGCUCAUUUGAGCUUAAGCCUUGUGAAAAUGAUGUGUCUGCCAACUGUAUACUAAUUGGUGAAGUUGUUAAAAGGGACAAAGAUUUAGCCAAAAUCGAGGAUCUGCACACCUAUAUUGAAAAACCCAGUAAAUAUGGAGCUUUUCCGGAGCAGGAUGUGCAAAUAAGAAAGAAAUCAAAGUUUAUAGUUGAUAUGAAUGAUGAUGUCAUUGGUGAUGAUGGUGAAUGUUUUGAUGGAGAUGGUGGAUUAUAUGAUCAUGUUUGCGCAAUCUGUGACAAUGGUGGUCAAAUACUGAGUUGUCAAGGGAGGUGCAUGCGAUCCUUUCACGCAACCAGAGAUGCUGCUGGUGGCGAAAACUGUUCUUCUCUUGGAUAUAAUGAUGCUCAAGUUAAAGCAAUUCCAACCUUUUUGUGUGCAAAUUGUAAGUACCAGCAGCACCAAUGCUUUAUUUGUGGCAACAUGGGCUCCUCAGAUACUUCAUCCAGUGUCGAGGUCUUCCCUUGUAUUUCUGCUACUUGUGGUCACUUCUAUCAUCCAGAAUGUGUUGCAAAAAUGCUCCAACCAGCUAAUAGAUACCAAACUGAAGAACUCCGUCUCAGUAUUGUUGCGGGGGAAUCAUUUACCUGUCCUGCUCAUAAAUGUUUUGUUUGUCAUCAAGGUGAAGAUAAAAAGGUCAUGGAGUUGCAGUUUGCUCUGUGUCGGCGCUGUCCAAAGGCAUAUCACAGGAAAUGCCUACCCAGGAGUAUUUCUUUCGAAUAUAACUAUGAAAAAAACAUUGCACAGAGGGCUUGGGAUGGUUUACUACCAAAACGGAUUCUGAUAUAUUGCAUGGAUCAUGAGAUUUUAAGUGAACUUGCAACUCCUGCUAGAGACCAUGUAAAAUUUCCUGAUGUUAGUGGACAACCGAAGGCAUUGAAUUUGGAGUUGCAUUCAAGCAAAGAGAGGGCAAUGCAAAUGGUGUCAACCACAAGUAAGAUAUUUGAAACUUUUGCAACAAAAAACCCAAACAUGCUGCAACGGGUGGAAAAGGGGGGUUGUAGUGCUAGUGUUGGUGAUUCUACCCAAACUAUCAAGAGAAGAUGUGCUGGACCAGAUUUUGAUUCAUUAAGAAAGAGAAAGAGAAAUGACGAAGAAAGAAAAUCUGCGAAGGAAAAUAUUGGAUCUUCUCUUAGUGUCUUUUCAAAAGCUGAAGGCAAGUCAUGCAUGAAGAAUAACUCAUCAAUUAGUUUAGAAACACACCCAGUGAAAUCUAAGAGGCAUACAGCUAGUGGAAUUGUAAAAAAUGCUACAGAAGAACAUGUUACUAAAAAUGCAAAGACGUCAUGUCUUUCAGCUCAAGCUGAAAUGGAAAAGCGAAUUUUGGACCUAAUGAAAGAAUCCACUUGUUCCUUCAAUCAUGAAGAGUUCAUAAGAAGACAGAGACUCCUGGCUACAAAUGGAUUAUUCUCUGAAAGCUCACUGGACAUAGACAUUACAAUAGGAAAAGUGGAGGGUUCUGUUGAGGCUAUUCGAAUAGCUUUAAAGAAGUUGGAUGAAGGAUGCAGUAUCGAAGAUGCAAAAGCUGUUUGUGAACCAGAUGUUCUCAAUCAAAUAUUUCAUUGGAAGAGGAAGCUUGGUGUCUAUCUUGCACCUUUUCUUCAUGGGAAGCGUUAUACAUCUUAUGGUCGUCAUUUCACUAAAGUGGACAAGCUUAAGGAGGUUGUUAACAGGCUUCAUUGCUAUGUGCAAAAUGGAGAUACAAUAGUUGACUUUUGCUGCGGUUCCAACGAUUUCAGUCUGCUGAUGAGAGAAAAGCUUGAAAAGACGGGAAAACAGUGCUUCUUCAAAAAUUAUGAUCUUUUUAUACCCAAGAAUGACUUCAGUUUUGAGAAAAGAGACUGGAUGAGCAUAAAGUUAGAAGAACUACCUGACAGUUCUCAGUUGAUCAUGGGGCUUAAUCCUCCUUUCGGAGUAAAAGCAUCUUUAGCUCACAGGUUCAUUUUUAAGGCCCUGGAGUUCAGACCAAAACUCCUUAUUCUAAUCACCCCAAAGGAAACCAAACGACUUGACAUUUUCUCUAACCCGUAUGAUUUAAUUUGGGAGGAUGAACAAAUACUCUCAGGAAAGUCCUUUUAUCUACCCGGAUCUAUAGACAUGCACGAUAAGCAGUUGGAGGAUUGGAACCUGAAGGCACCACCUUUGUAUCUUUGGAGUCGCCCUGACUGGACUGUUAGACACAAUGAAAUAGCAAGACAACAUGGUCACAUUGUCCAGCAACAGCUGCAUAUGAUAGGAAACAACUUAACAAACUAUCUCGAGGAAGAAGAUUAUGAUUGUUAUCAGGACUACUCCUAUCUGUGUGCACCCGGUGACAUCUCUUGCACAUUUAAUGGUGUUACGGAUGUUACCUAUGAAACUGAACCACAAGAAGCUGGAUCAAAUACUCUCAACAAAGUUGACCAAAGCUAUAUUCAUCGUGAUGACAUUGAUAUUGGUAGCAAGAACAACCUCAACGAGAUGAAUUAUGAUGGACGAGGACAAACAGAGAGGCUGAUCCAGGGAGAUUUGGAAGGCUCAACACCUUCUGAUGUGAGCACUGAUAUUGAGUUGUCUUCCCCAAGUUAUUCACCAAUAUGCUCCAAUGCACUGCAUGAAGUCUUUGGAUCACCAGAAGAGGAGAACAAAGAAAAGGCCUCCCAAGACAAAGAAAAAACCCUUGGACAAGAUUUUCCACCUGGACUGGAAAAUGAGGGAUUCCAGACCAGUUAUCCCAUUGACACAGAAAGGAAGCGAAGUUCCCAGACCUGUUAUCCCAUUGACACAGAAAGAAAUCAAAGUUCCCAGACCGGUCAUUCCACUGUCGCAGAAAGGCGGCAUAGUUUCCAGCCAGGAACCCAACUUGGUAACUACUGGUGGCCCAAUAUGGAUAUGCCGUCUCAAGGGUACACUGGCAACUUCACUUACCAUUCUGGUCAGAAAUUCUUUCCAGGUGGAAGACAAGUAAAUGCUCAAAACAAUUGGAAGAGUCAACAAUACCCUCCUGUCAUGCAAAGGAAUCAAAAUCCUUCUUCCCGUUCCAACACUGUGCGACCAAAUUUUAAUCCUCAGUUCCAAAACUUUGGUUCUUCGUCUUCUAUCCAGUUUUCAAAUUAUUCCCAGACUUCCAAGGUGAGAGGAAGUGACAGCUACAGCUUGGCAUACCGGCCUGAACACCCUCGUUUUAACAAAAUGUAAUUAUCUUUCAAUUGCUUUUAUCUUUGUUCAGUCUAUAGAAAACUGAUCCACAUUCGUAUAUGUAAUUGACAUGAAAAGUCAAGUAUGUUACAUCUUUAAACCUAAAAUCUACAAAACAAAAUUUCUUACAAUCAAAAUCUACCAAUGGAGGUGAGGUGAGGUGAGUAGAGGGU